UUCCUCUCCCCCAAAAUUUAAAGGCCCUGGUAUUACAAAUUCAGUCUUGGGUCCCACUCCCUGUUAAUCUGCCCUGAGUUUCGCCUCCUCCCUUGCUGGCUGUGUCCCAAGCUAGGCGAGAUGCAGGGUGGGAGGUGUAAGUGGGAGGGGAAAUGAGAUAAUUACAUAAUCAGGACCAAAGUCCACCCCUCUCCCCAAGUAGUAUAAAGGCAAGUCACCCCAAGCCAUCCAUAUUCGAUCAUCACUCUCACUGCCACCAUGCUGGCCUCAGGGAUGCUUCUGGUGGCUUUGCUGGCCUGCCUGUCUGUAAUGGUCUUGAUGUCUGUCUGGCGACAAAGGAAGCUCUGGGGGAAGCUUCCCCCUGGGCCCACUCCCUUGCCUUUCAUCGGGAACUACCUGCAGCUGAACACACAGCAGAUGUACAACUCCCUCAUGAAGCUCAGUGAGCGCUAUGGCUUGGUGUUCACGGUCCACUUGGGGUCCCGGCGGGUUGUGGUACUGUGCGGAUACGACGCUGUGAAGGAGGCUCUGGUGGACCAGGCUGAGGAAUUCAGUGGGCGAGGCGAGCAGGCCACCUUCGACUGGCUCUUCAAAGGCUACGGAGUGGCGUUCAGCAACGGGGAGCGAGCCAAGCAGCUCCGGCGCUUCUCCAUCACCACGCUGCGGGACUUCGGCGUGGGAAAGCGUGGCAUUGAGGAGCGUAUCCAGGAGGAGGCCGGCUUCCUCAUCGAGACCUUCCGGGGCACGCGCGGCACCUUCAUUGAUCCCACCUACUUCCUGAGCCGAACAGUCUCCAAUGUCAUCAGCUCCAUUGUCUUCGGAGACCGGUUUGACUAUGAAGAUAAAGAGUUCCUUUCACUGCUGCGUAUGAUGCUGGGAAGCUUCCAGUUCACAGCUACCGCUACCGGACAGCUCUAUGACAUGUUCUACUCGGUAAUGAAAUACCUACCAGGGCCACAGCAACAGGCCUUUAAGGAGCUGCAGGGGCUGGAGGACUUCAUAACCAAGAAGGUGGAGCAGAACCAGCGCACACUGGACCCCAACUCCCCACGGGACUUCAUUGACUCCUUCCUCAUCCGCAUGCGGGAGGAGAAGAAGAACCCCAACACAGAGUUCUACAUGAAGAACCUGGUGCUGACCACGCUAAACCUCUUCUUUGCGGGCACAGAGACCGUCAGCACAACCCUGCGUUACGGCUUCCUGCUGCUCAUGAAGCACCCAGAUGUGCAGGCCAAGUUGCACGAGGAGAUUGACCAGGUGAUUGGCAAGAACCGUCAGCCCAAGUUUGAGGACCGGGCCAAGAUGCCCUACACCGAGGCUGUGAUCCAUGAGAUCCAGAGAUUUGCAGACAUGAUCCCCAUGGGGGUGGCCCGCAGGGUCACCAAGGACACCAAGUUUCGGAACUUCUUCAUCCCCAAGGGCACAGAAGUGUUCCCUAUGCUGGGCUCUGUGCUGAGAGACACCAAGUUCUUCUCCAACCCCCAAGAUUUCAACCCCCGGCACUUCCUGGAUGAGAAAGGGCAAUUUAAGAAGAACGACGCCUUUGUGCCCUUCUCCAUUGGAAAGCGGUACUGUUUCGGGGAAGGUCUGGCCAGAAUGGAGCUCUUUGUCUUCCUUACCACCAUCUUGCAGAACUUCUGCUUCAAGUCCCCGCAGUCGCCCAAGGACAUCGAUGUGUCUCCCAAACACGUGGGCUUUGCCACUAUCCCACGAACCUACACCAUGAGCUUCUUGCCCCGCUGAGUGGGCACUAAGACGGGGCCGGGCUAGUGUGAGGGACAAGUAGGGAGAGGGAGGGGUUAGCGGGCAAGGGUAGUGGGUGGGUGAGGCUAAAGGGGGACUGAAGGAAAAGGAAGGGGGACGGUGGUUAAGAAGACAAGAAGAAACAAGAUGAGCUCUGUGUGUACACUUGCAAGAGACAGAUCCUUCAGAGGUGGGAUGGGAGGGAGGAAAACCUUAGAGCUAUAUUGUGGAUAAAAAUAAUAAUAACCACUAUUAUUUAUUAAGCAAGUACUCUGUGUCAGCUCUGUGCUAAAAAGCCUUACAUGCUCACAUCACGUAAAGCUCACAAAUCUACCCUAUAGGGAACAGUGUCCAUGCCCACUUUACAGGUGACACAACUGAGGUUCAGAAAGUUUAAUAACCCUCUAUCUAGGUCUCACAGAAUGCAAGUACUUGAACCCAGAUCUGUGCAGUGAUGGCUUGGCAUAGCCUGAGUCCUUGAGGCAAAUUCUAAAAAGGCACCACUUUCUCAAGUAAAACAACAACAGCUUAGCAUAUUAUUACACAAUCUGAACACCUCUAUCAAGGGAUUUUUCCAUUGCUCUGGUGGGCAGCUGGCUAGCCUUCACUACACUCUCGCCCACUCAUGAACACUUGGAUGCCAACACAUACUGUGUGCCCCCACCA